AUGGGUGGCUUCAUUUUUCCCUUGGAUCAGGUCUUGUCCCAGCCGUGCAGUUGGUCUGCGUUUCCGCAGCGUGGCCGCAGGAGGAGGCUGCAAAGCUGCCGUGACAAGGACUGUCGUGGGCAGGUUGCCGGUUUGGUUCAGCCAUGUCCUAUUUCAGCCCACAAAAUGAACCGAUACGAUGUUGAGAAUCCACUAGAUAAAAUCCUUCCAUUCAGAAAACAUCAUCACAAAAGUGAAAAAUGCCACACAGGGACAAUACACAACAGCCACUUACCCUCUGAGGGGGAUAAGGAGUUAAAAGAUAGUCGAGAAGAUUUAAAAGCAGCAACGAUUUCUGAGGAGCUGAAAUCCACAGUGAAGGAGAAGCCGAGGCCCAGGUCUGGUCUUAUUGUCAGAGGAAUGAUGGCUGGACCAGUAGCAAGUUCACCAGAGGAUCUGCAAAAAAGGCGGCUUUCAAAACGAUCCACUAGCAUAAGCAGCACAGCACAGUUCAAGGGUGAGGAACAUGAAGAAAAUUACCUGAGUGUCCCAAGUACUGAUUUUCAAGAAAGCAAAGGAUCUUCGAUACAAGUGAAUAUGGAGUUUGCAUUAAGGACUAUGUCAAGCUCACACACAAGUUCAGCCUCUGAAAAACUAAGAAACAUCCCCAAAGAUACAGAUGACUCUUUUGCCAAACUACUGUCUGAAAGAGAGAGGACCAAGACAGAAGAAAGAAAAUCAGUUCCAAGCCUUGGUACAGACAGCAAUGAAAAAAGCCUUAAAGUGAGUGCCCCUCACAGACAUUCAGGGGCUGGAAGAGAGAAGAGAGAAAGAUCCCUCAAGAAAAAUGAGAGUCAGUUGUCAGGCCACAGGAAGUCUCCAACAUCCACUUGCUAUAAAGAAGACCAGAUGAGAGAUGUCCUAGAAUUAGUUGAUGUUGAGGAUGAAGAAACAACUGGAGAAGUUAGUAAGAACCCGGAUCUUUCAACACUGUAUAUGCGUCAAGUAGUAUCAAAGGCAAUUGAUAUUUCUCUUGCAAAAGAAUUAAAAAAUCUUUUGUUUGGCUCUAGUCUUUGUUGCUUCAGUGAAGAAUGGAAAAUACAGAGUUUUACAUUUAAUAACAUACCACAGUUAAAAUACGGCAUUGUGCAAAAAAAGGGUGGUCCAUGUGGAGUACUGGCUGCAGUUCAAGCUUGUGUCCUACAACAGCUUAUCUUUGCAGACAGUAACAGGAAUAAAGACACUCGUUGUCUUCAGCCUUCAGAAGUUCACAGGACCAAAUGCCUCACCAUGGCUAUUGCAGACAUACUGUGGCGUGCAGGAGGCAAUGAAAAAGCAGUUGUGGCACUGCCAUCAGGAAGACAGCAGUUCACUCCCGUAGGAAAAUACAAGGCAGAUGGAAUCUUAGAAACUCUAAUACUACAUAGUGCUACGAAAUAUGAAGAUCUGAUUGUAUUUCUUCAGCAGAAUAUUCACCAGUUUGAAAUUGGUCCCUGUGGGUGCAUCCUUCUGACUGUGUCUGUCAUCUUAUCAAGAUCAAUCAAUCU